UUCGAAGCGAGUUGGCAACGCCAACAUUGUGCAACGCGAAAACGGGCAGCGAAUAAAAGCGUAUUUAAAUUGCAUUUAGUGGGAAAAAGCGGCGCAAACAAUGACGGUGAACAAGCGCGACGCGAGUGCCACGCGUUCGCGGUGUUUUUUCGACAUUUCGCUGGGCGGCCUGGGCGUGGGCCGCAUUGUUUUCGAGCUCUACACCGAUGUGGCGCCGAAGACGGCCGAGAACUUCCGGGCCCUGUGCACGGGCGAAAAGGGCUUGGGCCUGGUCACCGGCAAGAAGCUCCACUACAAGGGGGUCAUCUUCCACCGCGUGGUCAAGGACUUCAUGGUCCAGGCGGGCGACUUCUCCGCGGGCAACGGCACCGGCGGCGAGUCCAUCUACGGCGGCACUUUCGAGGACGAGUGCUUUGAGAAGAAGCACGAUCGCCCCUUCCUGCUGUCGAUGGCCAACCGGGGCAAGAACACCAAUGGCUCGCAGUUCUUUAUUACAACACAGCCUGCGCCACAUUUGGACAAUAUCCAUGUUGUAUUCGGCCAAGUUAUAUCCGGUCAGGAGUUGGUGCGACAAUUGGAGGAUCUGCCCAUCGAUCGGAACUCGCGCCCGCUGCAGGAUGCGGCCAUAGCCAACUGUGGGGAACUAGUUAGACAGACAAAGGCCAAAAAGGAAAAAAAGCGAAAGCGGCGCUCUACGGCCACGGAUGACUCAAACAGCGAGGAGAGUGAGGCUGAGGUUAGGGCCGAGCGGAAAGAUAAGAAGAAAAAGCGCAACCGGAAGGAGUCAAAGGCCAGCGAUAGCGAAGACAAUGAUAAAAGACGCGGCAAUGGAAAGCAUGAUCAGAAUCCCCAAGAUGAUGACGAGGACCGCGAGGAAGGCGAGCUGCAUCCACUGGUCACAAUAACCAAGAUUGAUCCUAACGAGAUACCAGAGGUAUCAAACAAAUUCCUAAUGCGCGGUGAAAGAUCAAGGUCCCGAGAUCGUGAAGAGCGUGGAGGUCGGGGACAGGAUCGUGAACGCGACCGCGAUCGAGGCAGAGAUCAGGAUAGAGAUCGCAAUCGCAAUACGUUUGGUUGGUCAAAGAAACAGGCACAGCCCACAUCGCGUAGCGGACGCAUUGUCAAAGGUCGCGGCGUGUUUCGCUUUCGGACACCGUCGCGCAGCCGUUCGCGCAGCACUACUCCACCCCACUGGAAGCAUGCCCAGAAGCGCACCAUUAAGUUGUCUGACUUGGAGCGCAUUGAGGAGGAGAGCAAGAUGCGCGAGGAGGAAGUAAAGCGUCGCGAGAACGAGCGAAAACGCCGCCACGAGGAGGCCACCAAGAAUCCCAAACAGUCAUUCUUUGAGCUAACCCAUGCUAGCGAUUACGGUGGCAAAGUGACGCCUGAGAAAUCCUCUCCGGAACACAAAAACAAGGCGAAGGAAACCUCUGAACGCGGCAAGCCCAAGGAGAAGGAGAAAGCCAGCGAGAAGGCAGUUACUCCUCUCAAGCGCCGCAAGUCGAUGGACAUGAAUGCUUUGGACUACGAGCAGCAGACAGAAACCGAAUCCGAAGACGAAGAGCUGCAGGUCAAACCACCCGCUAAGCAGGAGAGCAAAGUGGAGCCGUCAACUAGCAGGGAUCGGAACACAAAACGCGACGAUCGCAAACCCGAUGAGAAAGCUAAGCUCAAGCGCAGUCGCUCUCGAAGCCCGCGUCGCCAUUCUCCUUCUUCUCGUCGUCAGCAGCGCUCGCCCGCCAGGCGUCCUGGACAAAACUCCAACCAGAAUCAGAAUCAAAAUCAGUUUAACCGUGGCAAUCGACGGAAUCCCUUUGCAGAUAGAGAUCGACGCCGCCGUUCGCGUUCACAGGAUAACGAGUACCGAAAUCGUUUUCCCUUGUCACCAAUCAGAGGCAGGGGCUCUCCCAGUGGAGAUCGCCGCCGUCAACAGCGCUCUCGCAGUCAGGGGCGCAGGCAGGAUUCGCCCAAUCAAAAGCGCCAAGUGUCGCCGGGCAGAAAACGUCAGGAUUCGCAGAGCAGGCGGCGUCAGGACACGCCGGAAAGGCGGCAGGACUCGCCAGCACGAAAGCGACGGGAUUCGGUGGAAAGAAAGCGAGAGGACUCGAAAGACAGGAAGCGAGAAGCUUCUUCAAACAAAAAACGUGAGGACUCACGUGAAAAAAGCCGCGACGAUUCGCCUGGUAGGAAAGGCAAGGCUUCCGAAGGUAAAAAGCCACAAGAAUCUACCAGAAAAGAGCGUGAGGAUUCUCCAGAUAGAAAACGCAAGGACUCUGAAAAAAAGCGACAGGAUUCUCCUGUGAAAAGACAAAAUUCGCCAAGCGGCAAGCGUCAGGACUCACAAGACAAAAACCGCCAUGAUUCUCCGGCCAAAAAACUAGAUUCAGCAGGAAAAAAUCGAAAGGAUUCCGCCGACCGAGGGCAACAGGGUUCCCUAACCAAAAGACAAGACUCACCAGGCCGUCGGCGUAAGGACUCGCCUGAAAGAAAACGCAAGGAAACACCAGACAGAAAGCGCAAGGAGUCGCUUGCUAGACGACGCCAGGACUCUUCAGGCAGAAGGCGUCAGGAGUCGGAUGGCAGAAGACGCCGUGACUCCUCCGGAAACAGACGCAGCCGCAGCCGGGGACGCCGGCACAGCUCAUCGCGCAGUCGCAGUCCUUCGACCAGUCGCUCCCGUCGCCGUCGCUCACGCAGUCCGCUGCCCAAGCUCACCUCAGCUCUGCCCAUGGACGAGGAUCGCGAGAAGGCGGCCCGUGAGAAGAUGCAGAAACGUGCGGAGGCCGCCAUGCUCAUGAAGGAGCACAUGCGCAACGAGAUCGCCAAAGAGGAGGAGCGGCGAUUGGAGAAACAGCGCCAGGACGACAUAGAGAAGGAGCGCACCACCCGCGAGCUUAACGAACUGGAGCGCCUUAAGGCCGAGACCCUCAAGAAGCUGCAGGAUGAGGAGCGAGUGGGUUCCGUGGGAGCGGGAACGGAUGCAGCAGCCGGAAGCGAGGCCAAAACCGAAGGCACUGCCUCCCGGAACAAACGCGAAUCCAGUACGGAGGAUCGACAUCGCGACAAGAAGCGCAAGCAUAAGAAAUCAAAGAAGUCCUCGGCUCGCUCCGAUUCCGAUUAAUCAAACUAAUCCAAUCCUAGACAGUAGUUGAGUCCCAAACAGCGGCUGACCGGAUUUUUGUUCCACCAACCUAGACUUUUACACAAAAUUGCCAUUGUAUAAAUUGCGACCCCACUUUUUUGUAACAAAGUCCGUUUAAUAAAGGUAAACGUCACUGUGUUUA